CCAAUCAGAGACGUCUGCGUAAGGGAGUGGGCGUGCCGGGAGCCGAGGCGUGGAGGGCGAAGCGGCCGUCGGCUGUACUUCAGUGAAGUUCGCUCCGGGUCUCUGCUCCGGAGGCGGGAGCCUGGCGGGACACCGGGAAAUGGACUCAGUGGCUUUUGAAGAUGUCGCUGUGAGCUUCAGCCAUGAGGAGUGGGCUCUGCUGGAUCCUUCUCAGAAAAAACUGUACAGAGAUGUAAUGCAAGAAACCUUCAUUAAUUUGGCUUUUGUUGGGGAAAAUUGGGGAAAUCAGAGCAUUAGGGAUCAUUGCAAACCCCUGGGAAGAACUAUAAGAGCUCACAUAGAACAGAAACCCUGUAAAUGGAAAGGUCCAUGUAGGGAAGCCUUCACCCAGAUUUCGGUUGUUAAACAGGAGAAGACCGUUCCUCCUGGAGCAAAACCAUGGGAAUGCCUAGUAUGCAGAAAAGUUUACAUGCAUCGGUCUUCUCUUAAAAGGCACAUGAAAUAUCAUAUUGAGCACAGAUGUGGAGAGAAGCCAUAUAAAUGUCAGGAAUGUGGGAAAGCAUUCAGCUUUCAGAAUUCAUUCCAAAUACAUAAAAGGACUCACGGUGGAGAGAAACCCUAUACGUGUAAGCACUGUGGAAAGGCUUUCAGUUGGCCCAGUUCUGUUCAGAUCCAUGAAAGAACGCACACCGGAGAGAAGCCCUAUACGUGUAAGGAAUGUGGCAAAGCUUUCAUUUAUCAUACCACCUACCAAAGACACAGGAGGAUGCACGCAAGUGAAAAACCCUAUAAAUGUGAAGAGUGUGGGAAAACUUUCAUUCAUCCCAGUUCAUUUCAAAACCAUGAGCGAAUUCACUCUGGAGAAAAACCCUAUGAAUGUAAACACUGUGGAAAAGCUUUCCAAUAUUACCAAACUUUUCAGAUACAUGAAAGGACUCACACUGGAGAAAAACCUUAUCAGUGUAAGCAGUGUGGAAAAGCUCUCAGUUGUCCUACUUCUUUUCGAGGUCAUGAAAGAAUUCACACUGGAGAAAAGCCAUAUCAAUGCAGAAAAUGUGGCAAAGCCUUUAGUUUUUCCAGUUCCUUUCGAAAACAUGAAAGAGUUCAUACUGGAGAAAGGACUUAUAAUUGUGAGAAAUGUAGGAAAACAUUCAUUUCUCUUCCAAACUUUCGAAGACACAUGCUAAUGCACAUUGGAAUUGGGCCUUAUAAAUGUAAAGAAUGUGGGAAAGCCUUCGAUUGUCCCAGGUCAUUUCAAAUUCAUGAGAGAAGACACGCUGGAGAGAAGCCGCAUGAGUGUAAGCAGUGUGGGAAGGCCUUCAGUUUCCUCAGCUCCUUCCGCAUGCAUGAGAGGACUCACACUGGGGAGAAGCCCCAUCAGUGUAAACAGUGUGGGAAAGCCUUCAGCUGUUCCAGCUCUGUUCGCAUACAUGAAAGGACACACACAGGAGAGAAGCCAUAUGAGUGUAAACACUGUGAGAAGGCUUUUAAUUGUUCUAGUUCUCUUCAGAUCCAUGAGCGGGUUCACACUGGAGAGAAGCCCUAUGAGUGUAAGCAGUGUGGGAAGGCCUUCAGCUUUUCCAGCUCUUUUCGCAUGCACGAGAGGACUCAUACUGGGGAGAAGCCCUAUGAGUGUAAGCAGUGUGGGAAGGCCUUCAGCUUUUCCAGCUCUUUUCGCAUGCACCAGAGGACCCACACUGGGGAGAAGCCUUACGAAUGUAAGCAGUGUGGGAAAGCCUUCAGUUCUUCCAGUUCUUUUAGAAUGCACGAGAGGACUCACACUGGGGAGAAGCCUUACAAAUGUCAGCAGUGUGGGAAAGCCUUCAGCUGUUCCAGCUCGAUUCGCAUACAUGAAAGAACACACACUGGUGAAAAACCGUAUGAAUGUCAACAGUGUGGGAAGGCCUUCAUUUGUUCGAGUUCUCUUCGAAUGCAUGAAAGAACUCACACGAGAGAGAAACCCUAUGCAUGUCAGCAGUGUGGUAAAGCAUUCAGGUGCUCUCGCUCCUUCAGAAUACAUGAAAGAACGCAUAAUGGACAGUGAUCCUUUAAAUGUAAGUCAUGAGGUAAAACCUUCAGUUCUCCCAUUAUGCCUUUGAAGAUAUGAACAGAUUCUUACAGAAACAUUGUGAACAAAAUUAAAAUUUGGAAAACCUUUAGUUCUGUAGUUGUGAAUCCAGAAAGAAAAUCCUGGGACUGUAAGUGGUGGGAAACCCUUCAGUGGCCAAGCAACUUAAUGAGGCCACAUAAACAUACAGGAAAAAAGCACUCCUAUACGUUAAGUAAUUUGUAAAGCCCUCAGUUGCUCAGUUACCUGGAAACCAGAAACUUACAAAGAGCAGCUUAAUGAAUGCAGACAUGGUGGGAAAAUCAAUAGUCUGUAUCCUCACAAACAUAUGAAGAGGUUCACUGCAUAGAGCCUUAUAUAAAAGCGAAAAAUAAUGGUUAAUUUCUCACUUUAUUGAAUGCUUACGUGAUACUUGCGUGAGAAAUUGUGAACUUAUGAAGACAACCCGUAGAAAGAAGUAUAAGGGUAGAAAAUAUUGGGAAGUUUCAUGCAAGUUAGUUUAUGUAUAUUCUAGAAAAGUUAAAAAUGACAGAAAUGGAAAUUUUUUUUUUUGUCACUCAUUCUUAAAAGUGUGUCUGUGGACUGUGGAUUUCUGUUACUUUUGCGUGUGAACAUUGAGGUUAUAUAAUUCUGAAAGUCAUUAAAUAAUAGUACAUUGCCGGGAGCCAAGGCCAGCUAGUGGAAAGUUACAGACAGCUGCAGCAAGGUCGUGGGUGAGAGAUUUAUGUUUCCAGAACCUAUGAGACAUCUGUUCGUCAGGCUAGACAUUUUGAGAUAUCUUAGCUGACAUUUUUGUUGUAUCUCUUCUUGUGGUGUUCUGCAUCACCCUUAAUCACCCUGUUAUGUUUUGUAAACUAUAUUGCUGACACAUUUUCCCUUCCUGCCUUCUCCCUAUAAAGUUGUGUGAAAAAUUUCAAAUAAACAAGAGCAAAAUCAGA